ACUAAUAAGAAUGGUGUUGCAGACUACUUAUCAAGACAAAGCUACUCAGACUGAGAACAAAAACGAAGAUACAAUUGAAGAGCUACUCAGAGCCAUUACUACACUUUGUACUAAAGUGGACAGUAUGGACAAUGAGAUACAAAAGCUAAAAAGUCAACAACAUGACUAUAAAAGUGCGGAGCUACGUCGAUCGGAAGACGGUAAAAUUCAAGAGAUAAAAGGAGACGAUGGGAAACUCCCUAAAACCCAUAAUGUUUGUUUAAAUACAGCUGCAGGUACAAGCAGAAAAUUUAGUGAAAAACCACGAAAUACAAAUUUAAAUCAGUUAUUUAUAAAACCAUUUACUCAAAAUACACAAAAACAAAUACCCACAGAAUCACAAACUUCUACAUACGCAGUUAGUAUACAAAGUGAUAAAAAGAGAUACAAUUACAUCACACAAUCGUAUAUUGAAAACAUAUAUAAGAUCCAAACAUUUUUAAAUUUAAACCCCAGAUACACACAAACCAAAAACCCAAAUGAAGAUUAUAUAACCCAAAAACUACAAGGAUAUAAUAGAUUGAUUGCACAACCUAAAUCUAGUUCAAACUUAGUUAAAACAUGUUACAGUUAUGGAUUACUAAGUACCGUAUACACAUAUGAUGGAGAAGAAAUGUAA